UAGGUCAGUCCCCGCCGGGUACAAUCCAAGUCCGACCAUACAUAUCUCUCUCUCUCUCUCUCUCUCUCUCUCUCUCUCUCUCUCAUGUGAUUGACCCACUUGUACAACCCCUUCUUCUCUCUUCCCAUUUAAAGUCCUUUUUGUUAUUAUUGAUUUACCAAACCGAAGGAGGAGAAGACCGAGGGAAGGAGACGGCCUCUGCCCUGCACAAAGAAGCUCCGUUAAUGGCCUUGCUAGCGUCACCUACCAACCCUAGAGCUCACCCAUCCUCGCCUCUCCUCCGCACGCCGAAUAAGCUAAAACCACCAACAAUUCGCUUAUUUUCGGAAAUACCCAUCUCCUUUAAGCGCCUAAAUUCCAAGCAUUUCGUUUCACGGAUCGAUCAACCUUUUCUCCCCACAAGUCGCUGCCGACGGACAGGGGAUUAUAGAAAAAGGGCAUCGGCCGGCGAUGUUGAGGCGACGACAUUGGGAGCUCCGCCGCCGGCGGAAACCUUGGAAGUGCCGCCCUCGGCGAAUGACAGAGACGAAGCAAAUUUCGCCCGGAUUCUGUUAUCCGAUGUUGUAGUGAAGCGGCCGAGGAACGUGUUUUGGGGCCGGAAAUGGAAUUCCUUGGAUGUGGGUACGGCGGCUAUUGUUGUGCUCCUCCACCUUCUGUGUUUAUUCGCGCCGGUGACCUUCAGCUGGCCGGCGCUUUGGGUCUCCGUGGGGCUUUAUGCGAUAACUGGUUUACUGGGCAUUACUCUCUCUUUUCAUCGAAAUCUUUCGCACAGGAGUUUCAAGCUUCCCAAAUGGCUCGAGUACUUUUUUGCUUAUUGCGGUGUUCAGGCUCUUCAGGGAAAUCCAAUUGAUUGGGUGAGUACACAUAGAUACCACCACCAGUUUUGUGAUUCUGAGAAAGAUCCACAUAGCCCCAUCGAAGGAUUCUGGUUGAGUCACAUGAAUUGGCUUUUUGAUACCAGUACUGUAAUUGAAAGGUGUGGGGGAACCAGCAAUGUUGGAGAUUUGCAAAAGCAGCCCUUUUACAGGUUUGUUCAAAGCACUUACAUAGUUCAUCCAAUUGCUUUUGGGGCUCUGCUCUGCGCACUAGGAGGAUUUCCCUUCGUUGUGUGGGGAAUGGGAGUGAGGAUUGUGUGGGUGUACCACAUUACUUGGCUAGUGAACUCUGCCACCCACAUCUGGGGAAAGCAGGCAUGGAACACUGGUGAUCUCUCCAAGAACAAUUGGUGGGUUGCAUUGCUUGCGUUCGGGGAGGGAUGGCACAACAAUCACCAUGCUUUUGAGUACUCAGCUCGGCAUGGUCUGGAAUGGUGGCAGGUUGACAUGACCUGGUACAUGGUAAGGGUUCUUCAGGCUGUUGGGUUGGCCACUGAUGUGAAGUUGCCAACAGAAGCUCAUAAGCGGCGAAUGUCUUUCAGCAAUAACUGAAAAUGGUGGUUCAAUGGUGGAAUAGCUACUUGAGAUUUUGAGUUUGGAGCUGGGAGGUGUUUGUUUUGGUGAUAAAUCUGAGGUUCUGUAUGGGCAUCUGUGUGCUUGCCAUAGUUCUCUUUGGCUGUACUUGUAACACUAAUAUACAAGUCAUGCGUGUUUGCACA